CUAGCUUGAAAACAAGCUGUGACUUAGUUCAACUUCCGGUAAAAGUAACCAAAAUAAAAUUCACGGGCAAACUUGUGCAUUUCAGGACAUUUAACACAAAAAAAACCGUACUUGAGAACCAAAAAAGUAAACGCGAGAGUAUUAAACCAACAGUCUUAAACAUUUCUGGAACGUGCGUCUCAAUACCAGCAUUCAGAAGCUUAAUUUGCUAUUAUUUUGAAGGCCAUCGUGUGGCUUGUUCUUUUUAGCUUGUUAAUAUAGCAUUAGCGAUGAAUUCGGCCCAAUCUUCUUAAUUAAACGGUAAUAAAUUGAGAAAAAACACAUAUCUGCGCACUUUCCACACAAUCGAAGCCAUCGUUUUGUGAUAGCGCUCCAAAAUCAGUGCGGAUGCUAACUCUUCAAUGUGUUUUACUUCGGUCCCGUUGGAUUUGUUCGCGGAGUUUUCUCCUCCAUCUUCAAAGUGCGUAACUUCCCGCCCGCUCGGUGUGUGCCGUUCAUCGCUCCUAACGCGCGCCUCUUUUCAACAUGGCGAAAUGAGCGUUGGGGAAGAUUCCCACUGCAGCACAUGAGCUACUGACUCCUGAUGUGUUUGGACUUUGUUUUAGGAGUGGAUUACAGAUCAAAUAACUUGUUCACUUAGAAAAAUAAUUAUAUUUGAUGGCAAUGAUGAAAUACAUCCUGGUAACCGGUGGCGUCAUUUCUGGAAUUGGUAAAGGCAUCAUUGCUAGCAGCGUUGGCACGAUUCUCAAGUCAUGCGGUUUGCGUGUAACAGCCAUCAAGAUCGACCCGUACAUCAACAUAGAUGCAGGCACCUUUUCGCCCUAUGAGCAUGGUGAAGUGUUUGUGCUUGAUGACGGUGGGGAGGUGGACUUGGACCUAGGGAACUAUGAGCGCUUCCUUGACAUUCGACUGACGAGGGACAACAACCUGACCACUGGGAAGAUCUAUCAGUCCGUCAUCAACAAGGAGAGGCGGGGAGACUACCUGGGCAAGACUGUGCAGGUGGUGCCACACAUCACCGAUGCCAUCCAGGAAUGGGUUGUGAAACAAGCCAAAGUGCCCGUCGAUGGCGAUGAGACAGAGCCUCAAGUGUGUGUGAUAGAGCUAGGAGGCACUGUUGGAGACAUUGAGAGCAUGCCUUUCGUUGAGGCCUUCAGGCAGUUCCAGUUUAAAGUGAAGAGAGAGAACUUCUGUAACAUCCAUGUCAGUCUGAUACCACAGCCCAGCGCCACGGGAGAGCAGAAGACCAAACCAACACAGAACAGUGUGAGGGAGUUGAGAGGUUUGGGUCUUUCUCCUGACCUGAUCAUGUGCCGCUGCACCACUGCUCUGGAGAACUCUGUCAAAGAGAAGAUCUCGAUGUUCUGCCAUGUAGAACCUCAGCAGGUCAUCUGUGUGCACGAUGUUUUAUCCAUCUACAGAGUCCCGUUACUGCUGGAGGACCAGGGUGUGGUAGGCUACCUGAGCAGGAGGUUAAACAUGCCCAUCGAGACUAAAUCCAGACAGAUGCUCACUAAGUGGAAGGAGAUGUCAGACAGGUCGGACAGGCUGCUGGAGCAGUGCUCCAUCGCUCUGGUGGGGAAGUACACCAAGUUCUCCGACUCCUACGCCUCAGUCAUAAAGGCUCUGGAGCACUCGGCGCUGGCCAUCAACCAUAAACUAGAAGUUAAGUACAUAGAUUCUGCGUAUUUGGAGCCGAGCACGCUGCAGGAAGAGCCGGUGAAGUAUCACGAGGCAUGGCAGAAGCUCUGCAGCGCCGAUGGUGUCCUUGUUCCUGGAGGUUUUGGUGUCAGAGGAACAGAAGGGAAGAUUCAUGCCAUCAACUGGGCCAGGAAACAGAAAAAACCCUUCCUAGGUGUGUGUCUCGGGAUGCAGCUGGCUGUGUGUGAGUUUGCAAGGAACACCUUGGGGUGGACAGAUGCAAACUCUACUGAAUUUGACCCAGAAUCAAAGCAUCCUGUGGUGAUCGAUAUGCCAGAACACAACCCUGGGCAGAUGGGUGGCACAAUGAGGCUAGGAAAGAGACGGACUAUAUUCAAAUCCAGCAACAGUGUUCUGAGAAGACUUUAUGGAGAUGCUGAUUAUGUUGACGAGAGGCACAGACACCGCUUUGAGGUCAACCCAGAGCUGAAGAACCACUUUGAGGAGAAAGGUUUCCGGUUUGUUGGUCAGGAUGUGGAAGGAGAGAGGAUGGAGGUCAUCGAGCUGGAUGACCACCCUUACUUCGUUGGAGUGCAGUACCACCCCGAGUUCACAUCUAGACCCAUUAAGCCAUCACCACCUUACCUGGGGUUGCUUCUGGCUGCUGCAGGAAAACUGCAGAGCUACUUGCAGAAAGGCUGCCGUCUAUCUCCACGAGACAUGUACAGCGACCGCAGUGGCAACAGCAGCCCGGAUUCAGAGAUUGCUGAGCUGAAGUUUCCUCCAGUUACAGAUUCAGCAUGAGUGUUGGGCGUGCUUCAAGUCCUGUAGUCUCUUACAAGCUGGCCCCACAUCAGAACUGCUAUUGCUGUGGCCUUACUGUAUAUAAUGUAUUGCUGUUUUACUUCCAACUUGUAAUGACCAGGAUUCAAAUAAACAAACUUAAAAAGUUAUUUUAGUCUUUAUUGAAAAUGUCACAUUAAACAUUAAAAGUUUUAGCAGGCCCCUGCUCCCAAAAAGCAGUCUACCAACGUUUCUGGCUCAGCUCCAUGGCAACCCCUCGGCCCGCUGCCACUGCACCUGGAAUAUAAAGUCGGUUUUAAAUCUCAGCUGUGAAACUCCCCACAAACACUCGAGAACACUCAAUCUCAGUCCCAUAUCCGCAAGCUUCAUCCAACAGUCACGUUAUGUUUUAAUGUCAUCAUGGAUCAGAAUAAGCAAUGCACAGCAAUCAUUUAGUACACAUACCUUAAGUAGGUCAGUCUGUGGAACCCAUGUAGCAGAGUCCAGCUUACGAUCACAGGUGGACUGGUGCCUGCAGGAAAGCAAUGUUGGGUUUUAUAUUUAUUAUUCAUCUGUAGGGCAGCUGAGUGGCUGCUAGUGGCAAAAGGGCCACAACAGUCAAAGACCGCCCAAUGUUCUUGCAUGCAUUUGGAGAACCAUGAGCUACAAGUGAGCUCAGAUCCUUAGGAUAGCAUGCUACGGUAUCGUCGACUAAAGGGAUGAAGUUACCUUGAUGUGUGCCAUUUCCUUCUAGUGUCUAGUCUUCAGUCCAGUUCACCUACAUUGGAAAAAAAAACUUUAAAUUUUGGAACGUUUCAUUUUAAAAAUUCAUUACGUAAGCUUGGCUCAGUAAAGAUGUCUCAAUCACGUUUCAGUGAGGGCAAGUUUCUCAUCACAGCCAGGAUGGUUACUGUAGCCCAGCUCAGCUAAUUACCUGCAAGGUUUCCUUGUGGCACGCUUCUGCAAGAGCCCAAACCUGUCAAAAUAAAUCAUAAACGUUGACACGUGUGACCGACAGUGUGACACAUUUAUGAAGAACUGUCCUCCUCCUCAAUGUUGCUGCAGCAGUUACUACCAAACUGAGCAGCGACCGUCGGUAGAAGUGUUGAUCUUGGCUUCUUUUUGACCGUUCACUGCUACUAGGAGGCAUGAACGGCUUCGAUAGGAGCCUGAAGAGAACCAGCUGAACCUCACCUUAUAGCGACCCGAUCCUUCCCAUUCCAUGCCAGUUUGGUCGGUGGAAAAGGCCCAUUACAUUCACACAGAGGUCCAUUCCUCAGGGAGGGUGGCUGAAGCCUUCAGGAGC